AUGUCUUUUGAUAAUCAGCAACAAUCGCUGGACCCGAACAACAACUUACACGUAACUUUCAGUCCAGACAGCUCAACAGCAACAACAACCUCCAAAUUCGAUGAUAAACCCAACGAAGGCUAUUCCAACUUUUAUGCACCACUCUCACAAUCAUUUAGUGCCAAUGAUACCAUCCAAAACCAACAGCAAAACUUAGAUGAUCUAUACAACAGUUACCCUACGCGCGCAUCAUUUCAGCAUAACUCAUACGGCAUGCUUCCGCCACCCAGCGAAAUUAACGAUCAGUCCAGCUCUCACGACUCUGAAAAGGUAGUUGAAGUAUCUCCCAACGAACGCUAUGUCAAGCUGAAUACACUGCUCGGCAAGGGUGCCUACAAGGUAGUGUACAAAGCCAUUGAUCGUGAGGAAGGAUACGAGGUAGCAUGGAAUACAAUGCAAUCGAUGCAAUCGCCCAACAACAAGGAUUUGGAGCAUGAAAUACAAAUUCUAAAGUCUGUCCGUCAUCCAAAUAUUAUCGCCUUUCAUGAUGCUUGGUAUGGCGAGAAUGAGUUUGUCUUUAUCACAGAGCUCAUGACCUCUGGCACACUGCGUGAAUACAUUCGAAAACUGGCCCCAUUGCCCAACCUCAAAAUCAUCAAGCGUUGGUCUCGUCAAAUUUUGAAGGGCUUGGCUUACCUGCAUGGCCAUAAUCCUCCUAUCAUCCACAGAGAUAUCAAGUGCGACAACAUCUUUAUCAACGGUGCUCAUGGCGAGGUGAAGAUUGGCGAUAUGGGUACAGCAGAAAUGAAAUUGGGUAAAAAAUACACUGUGAUUGGUACUCCCGAGUUUAUGGCACCAGAAAUGUACGAGGAACAAGGUUACAACGAGAAGGUGGACAUUUAUGCUUUUGGCAUGUGUUUGUUGGAGAUGGCGACAGGCGAAUACCCCUAUGGCGAAUGCAAAAAUGCGGCACAGAUUUACAAAAAGGUCUCUGCUGGCAUCAAACCUGCUUGUCUCUUAAAAGUGCAGAAUCCUGAGGUGCUGAAUGUGAUUGAAAACUGUCUCAGCAACGAAGAUGAACGUAUGUCAGCCCAGGAAAUUUUGGAACACUCGUUUUUAGCAGUGGAGCCCGAUGUGGUCUUGCUGGCUGCAGAUCCAGACAAUGUUCACCUCACUCUCCAAGUCGUAUUCAAGGGCAUGGACAAGCUAUCUGUCAAAUUCGACUUUAAUGUGGAAACAGAUACAGCCGAAGAAGUUGUGCGUGAAAUGAUCGAAGAACAAGUGCUGCCUGAACGGUAUCAACAUCACAUCACAAAGGAAAUCAACCGCAUUCUGCGUGAUAUCGAUAAGCCCACCGAGUCAGAGCAAGCCGAACAAGUGAGAAGAUCUGUUUGGAGACGAGAAAGCGACAUUCGCAACGAAUUGGACCGUACGCGUGAUGAGCUGAAUCAUGCUACUGAUCGUGUGCACGAGAUUGAACUGAAAUGUGAUGAUUUCGAAAACAGAGCUCGUGCCGCAGAGAACAGAUACCGAGAUGCCUUGAGAAACUUGCGAGAAUUGGAAGAGUUAAAGUCCCCUACCUCUUUGUCAGAAAGCGGAUUGAGCGACACAGUGUCCACCAUGUCAUUGGUUAAUGGACACUCACAAGAAGAACGCGAGAAACUAGUGAACCACAUCUUGGAUGAAUACUCAGAUGAUACUGAUAUCGGUGUAUUUGUAGCAGAUUGUGCCCAAGCAUCUCAUCGUGGAGCAGAUAAAGCACAUGAAUGGGCUAGAAAGCUACAGAAUCAAGACAUCAUGACAGUGGGUGAUUUGCGGGACUUGCACGAUGAAGACUGGGCUGGCAUUGGAUUAACUGUGUUUGCCUUGAGAGCAUUAAAGAACAUGCUGAAGGGUAAAAGAUUGGCCGCUAGUCAACAGCAACCAUUAUCGCCUCCAUCACAACCAGCGCAAUCACCUCCACCACCAUCAUCAUCGCUCAUAUUAUAA